AUGAUGAUGUUGAACAGCAUGCCGUAUAACACUACCGUCCACUUCCACGGAAUCGAGCAGCUGAAUACACCAUGGUCAGACGGAGUUCCCGGUCUCACUCAAAAGCCCAUUCAGCCGGGACACAGUUGGACAUACCGUUGGACUGCGACUGGGUUGAACUCCGGGUGCAUUGCUACCGCUGGUCUACAUGAGAUUAUUGAAGUUGACCCCAAUGCCGGCUGGGCCAGCCUGAAGCUCAUCAGCGCAGCGUCUCUCAAAUCUCUCAUGUUUUUGAUCGACGAGCACCCGAUGUAUAUUUAUGAAGUCGACGCUUGCUUAUAUACGCCGUUACCUACAAUUUACACCGGCAAACGCUAUGCCGCUAUGAUCAAGCUCGGCAAGCCUUGGAAGGACUACACGAUUCGAGAUCCAGACACGCAAGGUGAUCAAAUUAUUUCUGGGUUCGCCACGUUGAGAUACCAGGACUCUCAGGACACUACGCCAUCCCAGCCCUAUGUGAACUAUGGCGGAAGAAACACGCCCGCUGUAUUUACUCCAUUGGACGACAAGGGGAUCAUGCCGCCUUACCUGCGGUGA